CGGCGGUGCGAAGGCGUUUGGACGGCGCGAAUCAGUCGUCGUCAAAGCGUCUUGCAGAAGGACGCCCGAGACGCUUUCAGUAGCGAUUCCUGCGGCGUCGUUAUCGCGCUCUCUUGUCGAUCGCGUUUUGUUUGUAAUAAGAGUCGUCUUGGAAACUUUUUGACCGGAGAACCGAUUUGCAUUUUGCCGCAAUCGAACGGCAGUGUGGGUUCGGUUGGUUUGGGGGUUAGUGGCGAGUUCUUGGACGACUCGGAUUGGGUUUUCCAACAUUCAAGUUAUUUCCAUUCUUGAGCAGUAAAAGAUCUCGUUAAUACACUGGCCUAAAGAUAUCUACCGAUUAUUGCCUCCGAGAUAUUGAGAGGGGUGCACUUAGCUACCCAUUCACCAUGCUGAUAUUUUUUCUUUCUGGAAUAGUGUUUGGCCUAGCCCAUGGAGAAGAGCCAUCCACAAGCACAGGACUUCCUUCCAUGAGGGAUAGUUUGACGAAUCCCAUGCACGUAUACGACGGAGAUGAUGCACUGAUCACCUGCGUUGUGAGAAAUAUAGGAUCCAAUACGGUGAUGUGGAAGAAAGAAGACAGAGAGCGCCACAGUACCAGGGUGCUGACCGCAGGGGAGAAUAGAGUUACCGCUGAUAAGAGGUUCGGUGUGUUGCAUGACUCAGGCAACGACGGGUCUAGCGAAUUACCUUCGGGCGGCGACGUCUGGGUGUUGGUCAUAAAAAAUUCACGACUCACCGACUCCGGGAUAUACGUAUGCGAGGUGAACAGCAAUCCCAUCGUCAGAAGUUUUCACAAACUGAGCGUUCUUUCUAAGUCGAUGGUGCCUGCUACUAACUUGACGACUGAUAUUAUUCCAUUCGAUGAUCCGAAAAGUAUAGCCGUAAGAAACCAUAAUUAUACGGAUUGUUGUGUGUUACAAAAUGUGUCAUCGGGAUGUUUAGGUUUCUGCAAUAUUCAAAGCAUAUUAGAAGGCAUUACAGGUCAGGAUCCGGAACAUUGCGAAAAAGAUUUUCCGUCCAUCGUCAAAUGCAUGGCCGAUGGUAGAAACCACGUCCCGUGCUGCAUCCACGAAAGAGUACCGGAUAUAUGCCAGGAUGUGUGCAGAGGCGAAUAUACAGCUAUCACGGAAAAUAUAAAAACCCAUUUCUCAUGCUCCGCUUAUACAGAACAAACUUUGGCUUGUAUCGUGGAAGGAAUACAGUUAUUGCCGAGUCCUCCAGAAGACGUCGAAGUUGACGCACUUACCGAGAAGUCUAUCCGAGUGGAAUGGUCGCGUCCACGAUCUAACAGUCAAACCAUCACGCAGUAUAUGGCCAAUUUAACGGCUCUGAGAAGUUUCGACGAAAAUUCCGAUUCAUUCGAGGAUAACACCAGCGGCAACAACACGGUUACUACAAUAAUUCAAAGCGUUCCUGCAGAUCAAAAUUCGUCAGUUUUCAAUGAUCUCACCCCGUUUACAAUGUACGAAGUCACUGUCACAGCACAUAAUUUAGUCGGAUCUUCCCUUCCAAGUUACGCCAUUAGAACUCUCACUCUAGCACCAGGACAAGUUAAACAAACUAUGGUCGGCCAUACGCCGGCUCUACCUGAUAUACGAAGCUGUUGUGCCAAUAAGGGUAUCACCCACAAAACAUGUCUAACUAAACUUUGCGACCCCAUAGAGGCGGAGUCUGUUGAAAUUACCGACAUGAUGAUCUGCGCUCCUUGGGCCCAAGACACAUUCGGCUGCCUUACUAACGGUAUGGAUCACACGUCUUGCUGCCGGACCAGAGGUCUUCCGGAAAUCUGUCAGCAGUUGUGCACCGGAAAUGUUUCGAGCAUCGAUUUUAAUUAUUUCAAAUGUCUACGGUACAUGGGCGAAUACACAAACUGCCUUCUCCAGGGAUAUGGAGUGCUACCCAGCGCACCCACUCAAGUUCACAUUUCCAACGUGGGGACUGAAUACGCACUUUUGUACUGGUCCGCGCCAAAAACUCUAGGAGAUACCGUAAAAAGCUAUAAUGUGCACACUAUGAAAGUGAAUUCUGCAGAUGAGGAAGAGGAAGAAAAUCACCGAGUAAUAAACAAAGCGCAGAGUCCGUUUGUAAUUGAAGGGUUGGAAAGUGUCACUGACUACGAGGUUUACGUUGAAGCAGUUAAUGCACACGGGGUUGGCAAUCCAAGUCCAAGGCUGAUAUUCAGAACGGGAAGUAAGAUAGAGGAAGAAAAAAUCGAAGAAGCUUCUCUUUAUAACGUUACUGCGUGUUGCGUGGAGGCGCAGCUCAAUAGCGUGUGUCUUCCUCUUUGCACGUACGAUGCGAAUAUGAACGAUAUCAAACGUUUGGCGGUAUGCGGGUCUGAGUUCCACACCAUACUUCGAUGUGCGGCCGGUGGAAGGAACCACGGGACUUGCUGCAGCAGAAGAGGCGUUCCGCCAGCUUGCUUAUCGUUAUGUUCGGGCGUGAUCGUAGAUUCAUUACGGACCACAGCUGCCAAUUGCGUCACUUAUAUUGGAAAUAUUGUACAGUGUUUCGAAGAAGGGACAGGCACAUUACCAGGUCCAGUGACGGCUCUCCAUGCGAUUUCUGUAGACCAGGCCAGUAUUCUCCUCGAAUGGUCGCCACCGGAAGAUGGCGCCAACGUAACCGAUUAUGUGAUACACUACCAAAAAGUAGAUAAUACGUCAAUGUACGAAACCCUAUUAAAACUAGAUCAACAAAUGAAUACCACAGGAACCUCGACAACAUUAACGGGACUGGAAGAAAAUGCUACUUAUCACGUUUUCGUAGUAUCAAGAAACCAUCAUGGAACCUCCCUGCCCUCGUCAAUAGUUGUCAUACAGCCGACGAAAUCAGAUGAUACUAAAUGGGUAAACGCUGUACCAUCGCCCCCUCACUCUUUAGCAGUGGCCAGCCACAGCGCUACCUGGGUUACGAUCAGUUGGCAACCGCCGGAAUUUAGUCAUCCGUCGGAAAUAAUAACCUACAGGUUGUACUACAAAUCGACCGCAGAUGAAACCUACCAAAUUAAAAAUGUAACGGUGACUACUUAUAUGAUAAAAGAUCUAAGUCCCAAUACUCAAUAUAUUAUAUACGUCGAAGCAUCUACCGACAAAGGGGUGAGCAUGCCAUCGGAAACACUCAUCGCUUGGACAGACCCUGCUUAUCCGGCAUUUGUGGAGCCACCCACAGUUCACCCGAUAAAUUUAGUCAUCGAGGGUAGCAGCAUGACUAUCCUGUGCAUUGCUAUGGGAAAUCCAAUGCCAACUAUUUCGCUGUACAUUUCUGGAAGGCUGGUGAGGCAGGAUACUACCCGACACAUGGUCACGGUAAUUCAUAACGUAACCAGGGAUAUGGAUCAGAUUUCAUGUUACGCUGACAACGGAUACGGAACGCCAAUGCAGGCUUCCAGGAAAAUUAUUAUUAGUCACAAACCAAACAUCCAAGCAAGCGGCAUCACGAUGGCAACAAUCGGAGACUCGGUAGUAUUGGAGUGCAAAGUGGAGGCCACUCCUGAACCAAAACUAAUCUUCUGGAAAAAUUACGAAGAUCGUAUGCCUGUCAUACAAGGAGGAAAAUACGACGUCUCAAUCUCGAAGGCCAAAGACGAGGACGACAAAUAUGUCAUGCAUCUAACAAUAAAGCAAAUAACCGAACUAGAUGUCGGCGAGUAUUACUGUCACGCAGAAAAUGCUUUCGGCAGCGCAACUCAGCCCGUAUCGGUCAGGAUAAGGAGUUUAGCGACCAUAACCAAUGUAACGCAGUGUUGCAUGGAACAGAAUGUCUCUACGCCAUGCAUGGACGCGUGCUACUUCCACUUGGACAUCGACGCAGUUAUCGACAAGCCAGAAUGUAUCAAGGACUUCGACAAGUUGAUGAAGUGCGCGGCCGAUGGCUCGGAUCAUAGGAAUUGCUGCGCACAUGCCAACGUGCCCAGGAGGUGUUUGGAUUGGUGUCGAGGAGAACCAAUUUUGUCUCACAAAUCCUGUGUGUUGUCUCACACCAAACAUAUUAUGAACUGCUUCCACGAAUUAAGAGAUAAGCUACCGGGACCGCCACAAAAUAUUAGAGUUGAAUUUGUCGACUCUCAUUCCGUUUACAUUCUGUGGGACCCCCCACUGAAAAAUCCCCACAGCGUCGAGAUGUACAGAGUCUUUUGGAGGGCGGUGGAUUCUCCUAACAGAUCUAGUCAAAAAGGUGACACAUCGGAAACUCAACUGAAGAUCAGUAAUCUGAAAGACGGUACGACCUACGAGGCGGUAAUUAAAGCGGGAAACAGCAAAGGUACCUCCACCUUAACGGACCCCAUUAAGUUUACCAUGGGUGAGAACUCGCUUUACAUCACUCCAGCCGCUAGUCAAAGUACCGAAGGAAGUCACGUGGGAGUAGCUGUAGCUGUAGUGCUAGCUCUAGCGGUCGUAGCCAUAGUCAUAGCAGCCGGAGUGUGGUUCGUGCGAACGAGGCGAAUGCUGGGCAUCAAGGGUUCUGGUGGAAUUGCUUUUGAAAAUCCAAGUUACCUCAGAGAGGUUAACAUGGAUCAUAUACAGGUCCCUCAGAGUCAGCUGAACGAUUCCGCAACGGCUUUGAAUGGUACGGCUAAUGGUAGUUUAGCCAUUUCGGCAGCGUCGGGUGGACCAGGAUGGAAGAACGAACCGCUUCACGUACCGGCUGCCCAAGAAGUCAACCCGACGCUCUACGAAGAACUCAAAUUGGGACAAGAUGGUGCAGGAUUUAAGCGACUGAAACCCUAGUAUGAGGGUCAGACGGGCCGUGGGGGACAAGAAUCGCGGUUUUAGGUUGAUAGGGACAUUUUUUCGUCUUACCCAAGUACACUCAUUGUGAUAGUUUGUAGAGAGAGAGAUUGUUGCAGUUUGUGUUGAUUGUGCCCUGAAGUUGGAUAAAUCCUUGGUAAUUAUUGUUGUGUGCGCAAUUAUGCAAACAGCAGCUUUGCAGACCAAAUUGCUUUGUUUAGCUCAGAUGGCCCACAACACCAUACGAGUUUUCAAAUUUAGGUUGGGUAUUUUAAGUCUGUCGACUAAGUAGGUCAUUUCCGGGUCAUCUUCAGGGCACGGGUAUUGUAUAUGUUAUUUUAAUUAAUAUUCUUGCAAUACCUCAUUAUGUAGCAUAUUAAUUUUAUUGUUUAUGUUAGGUCGUAAGAGAACAAAAUGUGAUUUAAGUUUAAAAAAAAGGAGCAAAAUAUAAUUUUGGGAAGCCAGAUAGGAAGCGGUCUCCAUAAAAAAAUAAAAUAUUUGCACUGUAUAGAAAUAAAUAUUGACAAAAUAGCGUAUAUUAAACUAGCGAAUAGUAGCAGUAUUGAUAAUAUAGUUUUAGACGAAAACUGGCCGAGUGGUAAACGUAUGAAAUGUAUAUUAUUAAAAUCUCAAGGAACAUUCGGUCGGCUUUUGAGAUGUUAUACUGUUCAAUGGUUUGAGUUGAAAUCACUGUUUUAUGCCGCAGAAAAUUUGUUAACAGAUUCGGAAUCAAAGUACCAACCAAUCAAUUCGGGAGUUCGUAUACCAAAAUAAACAUAUCAGCCGUCACGAAAAUGUUAUUCCUUCGCUAUGUUUAUGUUUGUCGAAAAAACAGCAGUUUUAAUGUAAAUUAGUGUGGAUUUAUCACACGAGUGAAUGUGCCUUUAAUCAACUAAAUGUAAACUGUAAAUUUGUACUUUGGUUAUAAUGUUGCUUGAGGUAGUUCGUUUGUAAAUAAUUCCCAGAAGUUUGUAAUAUAUAUGUCUCACUAAUAGUGAUGAACUAGCGUAUAGCGAAAUAAAAUAUGUCCCAAACAAUAAUUUUUAUUUUUCCACCACUCGAUAGCUUCAAAUCUUCUUCAAACUGGAGCCAACAGAUUGGAUACAAAAAUGAUUAUUCUAAGCUGCAAAGGAUAUUGAGAUUUUUGACCUAUAUUAUAAAGUUCCUGCCUUUUCAACAGCAAAUUUGUCGAAUUUCCACAGUCAAACCGUUGCCUAAGAAAAAAAAUUAUGUAACUCUAAUUGGCCACGUGAAAACUCACUUUUUUUGCUUUAUCACAAAACUUGACCAUCUCUAAAGUUAAAGCUUAUAAUAAGAACUUUUCCUAACCUUCACUCUAAAAUCUGCUCGGACGAUUAAAACGUAAACUUCAUUAAACACUGUCGCGAACCAAUCCGAGC